AUGUCGGCUCUGCCCGGCUCGGCGCCAGAGUACGAUGGGCACCUGAUUCUCCUGCCGAAAGAGUAUCCGCAUCCGGAUGUGACGUGGCCAUCGCAUAUCGAUGCGGCCUGCCCGCUCUAUGCGGAGUUCUCGAGCCGCGUGCGCGAAGGCGGCUCGCUGGCCGGCUACGGCCUGAGCUUCGCGGCGAAUGACACACCGACCGAGGUUGGCGAAGCGCGUGCGGGGCUGCAGGCAUGGGACCCCCACCGCACGGCGGCGAUGCGUGCGCCGCCGAACCAAGCUAUGGAAGACGAAGAAUAUACGUUGUACGCGUAUCGUCCCUCCGGCCUAUUUGUAAAAUUCCCAGAGCCCUUGUCGCUGCGCACGAUGCCGAGUGGUGACAAGAUGCGCACUACACUCGACACACUAUUUAAGCAGCCGGAAGCCCACCUCAAAAGCGAGACCCAUGUCUUUGUAUGUACGCACGGAACGCGUGAUUGCCGAUGUGGCGUCGUCGGUACCGAAGUGCACGACUCCCUAGUGGAAAAGGUGCGUGAGCACGCAGAAGAGUGCGCCGCGAAGGGCAGCAAGCCUGUCAAGCGCGUGCGUGUCUUUCAGAUUAGCCACGUCGGUGGCCACAAGUGGGCGGCGAACGCAUUGGUCUACCCCCACGGCGACUGGUACGGUAACCUGCGCUCGUCCGAUACGCCCCUGCUGCUCCGUGCAGCAUUGGCGCCGUCUUCUUCCAAGCACGAUCUCGAUGAUCUGCGUGAACGACUCGUUGUAUGGCCGCGGUGGCGCGGGCGUCUCGGCAUGAAAAAGCUCGUGCAGCAAGAGCACAUGAGCCUGUGGGGCCCUCCUUUGGUCCACACUGCGCAGCUCACGCCGCGCGCUCGCGGCGCGCCAUCGGGAGCACCAGCGCCCGAAGUGGCGGCAGCCAAGGCGAGCGCCACGUCCGAUACGCUCGGCACGCCCGUUCCCUUGCGGUUCCAUGGCCACGACGGCAAGUGGUACGACGUCGAUGGGCUCAUCGGCGAGUCGCUCAUGGAAACGGCUAAACGCCACGACCUCCCUGGCAUUGAAGCUACGUGCGGAGGCGAGCUGGAGUGCGCUACGUGCCAUGCCUACUUAUGCAAUGCCAACCCCCAGGACCCGGAAGGAUGUGGCGAAAUCAACCAGGAACCGAGCGACGCGUCUACAAUCUUUGGCUCUGAGCCCUCAGACGAGGAAGAUGAUAUGCUCGAAUAUGCUAUCCGCCGCAAGCCGUCCAGCCGGCUCACCUGCCAGAUCCCCGUCACGCGCCGCCUCUCGGACUGGAUGCAGCAGGGCGGCCGUGUGGAGCUGUCACAGUACUAG